CCUGGCAGACAUCGGUCAAAGAUGCCAUACCCACUAUUAAAAAAGAAAUGGCAACACGAUAUAAGCAAGAUUCUGAUAUUAAACUUUACGUGAAAAACCCAAAAGGGCUGGCAAAAGCUUUGAAAGAAGUGUUGGCGGAAUAUGGCAUAGACUCCAAUGACACGGAUACCAUCCCUAUAUUUUUACUACAAACCCACGAAAUUCAAGACUCCAAUGAACACUUCGAGCAUUGUAUGGCGGAGAUUUUAGUCAGGCUAAAAAAUUAUGGAUCUUUGGUUGUGGAUAUUUUGGAAGUCAUGCGUAAUGAGUACAUUGUAGCAAUUCUUCAUACUGUAAUCAAUAUUACCAGGGAUGCUACGGGGAAAGAAUUCAAAAGCUCGGGUCGUGUUGACUUCACAAUCAAGGAAGCCGAAGAUCUUAUUUGUGUCGCUGAAGACAAACCACAACGAAACAUAGUUGAAGGCUAUGCUCAGAAUAUCAAACAGCUUAAAAGCUCUUUUCAAACGAACAAGAGGAAAAGAAAAUGGGAUGACGACGACUUCGAUUAUCUGUAUAGUAUUGUAACUACAGCUCGGGACUGGCACUUCCUGUUGUACACUCCGAGGGUAAUUUCACAAUGCAGUAAAUUACCAUUAAGUAUCGAAUUUUCCGAAGAUGCUUUGAAAAAAGACUCCGUAGAAUAUCAAACGUUACAUAAUGGCGUAAAAAAGGUGUUGAGCGUAGUAGUAGGUUUAUUAAAGGAUAGGGCAUGUGCAGAAGAUGAUUCCUCCUCAAAGAAAAAGGCUAGAAUAGAGGAGUAUCGCUCGAAAAAAUAA